AUGAAGUUGCUAAAUCUUACCGGAAUUAUUGUGCUGCUAAGUCAAGCAACAUCAAUUUCUACUGCCAUCCUGUUCCCAAGGUCGUCAUCUGGUUCAUUGAAGCUUGCAGACCCAAUGGAAGACAUCAAAGCAGCUAUCAGACAACUAAAUCAAACUGGAGCUGAACGGAAAUCUCCAAAUAAAUUUGUUCAAGAUAGGGCUAAAAAGUUUGGCUACAAAUAUCUAAUUCCCAUUGGGGCUCAUAAUGAAUGGAAUAAAAAUUAUAAAAGCAAUUAUAUUACCGAGGGCAAAGACGGGGUACUAAACGUUUGGGUUACUGUGACAGAGGAUGGGAAUUUUUCCGAUCAAACCACAGUGAAGUGUUUAUGA